AUGGCUCCAGUGUCUGGGCAAAUUAAGUGGGAGAAAUCGGUGCGAUGUGCGCCGGUUCAUAAUAUAAUUUCAUCUGAUUUUCCAAAGUACAAUCCCCAGCCAUGGAAGUUUAUGGAAGGUAAAUCGCGUGUAGAAUGGCUGUUAUCAUACGAGUAUUUUAGAAUGUGGUUAGAAGAGAGGGAGGCAUGGAAGAAACGAAUGUAUCCUGAAAAUACAACGGUCAACGUUGAUAUUGUUAAAAGUUAUGUAUUAUCUUUUAAAACUAAUAAUCAGCCCGUCAAGCCCGAGGUAAAAAAACCUUUUAAAAUGAAGAAGUUCGAAGGAGUAGGAAGCAAGACUCCUAAUAAACGCCCACCAGGCGAUAAAGCAAUGCAGUAUGAAAAAAAGUCAGGAGCCAAGUGA